CAGGGAUACCAAGAUGGAAAUUCAGGGGCUCACGAUUGCCCAAAACAUUCACCAUAAACAUGGCGUCUCACGUCGGACGGGCUUGUCUCCGCCGGGAACGGCGACGGGCGCACGCUGCCGCGCCGCGCCGAACAAAAUCGGAGUCAAAACCGAUUCGGAGUCAGGCGAGCUGGACAGUGACAACAACAACAACCGGCCUAGGACAUCUCCCUUUCGCCUGCUGGCGGAAAAUGGCAGCGGCGGCUGUCAGUCCCUUCUCAGGCAGAACGGCAAACUUAAUGCGCAGCAGCAAACGCACGCAGAGCCAUCGGGGCUCCGUAACGUGAUCGGUACGCAGGGGAAGAGUCUUAAAGAACAGCUGCUGCAGCAGGACUGCUUGGAAACGGGGUUAAAAUGCGACUUUGAGAAUGGGGAGAGCGGAAUGCAAAUGGCGCUUCCUGUCUGCCUGGUGGAAGAGGGUCACGUCGAGCAGCAGCAGCAGCAGCAGCAGUCUCCGGCUUUACGGCAGCAGCAUCAAGGCGGCGCCACCCUGCAAAAUUCUCUGGCGUGCGAGACCGUGUCGGCUGGGAAGGGUAACAACGUCACCGCCGCUUCGAGCAACAACCGAAAAGACGAGGAAUUCUACGUGGUUUUUAACAUCGUCCAAGAGGGAGACAACGCUGGCUCCAACAAAGAAAUGGGCAGAUCGGUCUUUCUUUCCAAAGAUGGAAGGAGGGUGAUCGGGAGGGAUGCGGAUUCUUCCAAAAAGCCGGACACGGACGUGCAAGCCACUCAUCUGCUUAUACACCAGGAUGAAAAGUUGCUCGGUUUGGCAACCAGGAACUCAAGGAAAUCUGGUAAUGUCGGGAAUUUAACUGGUUCUAGUCCACAUGGAAGGUCUGACGCUACAGUGACGAACUGCACUCAGCGGACUGGAUUGAGUUUUGAAUCGGAUGGCAGCGUUGUUAUGGCAAAUGAUUUCGGCAAAAGCGAGCGGUGCAGCAAUCAGCCGUUGGAUGAAAGCACAUCAGCUAAUGAUGCUAACGCCGGGUCCACGGAUCAAACGCCCGUGGAAAUGUCUCAUCAGUCUGCACAAAAGUUCCGCAGUUCAUUGGUUUCUGAUAACGCGGCUUUCGCUGAAACGACGCACAUGACUGAUGUUAACAGCUCUGAUUACCUCUCCGAGUUCACUACCACAGCCAUGUCCAGUAGCACCGCUGGGGGCUCAAACGUUUCCUCUUCGGACGAAACGUUUUCCGGGACCAUAAUGAUCAACAACCAAAGCAUCAUAGUGACCAUUGAAAACGGCGUGUUGACGUUAGCGGCGCCUCCAGACGGCCAGACACCCAAAGACGACGGCGUGGCUAACCUCAAACAUCACCUCGGGGUGAAAGACCACCAGGACAUCGUCUUGAUAAAUUACGACAGCGCGACCAAACCGGCGGGGAAGAGCAAUCUUGCGGUGGGUUCUGUCCAGUAUGAGGACUCGAGAAUGGCCGUCAGCGACUCAGGUUUGUCUCUCGACGAGAACUGCUCCUUCUCGGAUGCGGCUUCGGCUCUGGACCCCUGCGCCUCAGUGAAGGAGCAAGAGGACGGGACGCUGUGUUCCUUAGGCGACGGCGACAUGAUUAGCCCGGGUUCCAGAGGAGUGAUGCAAGCGGGGUUUAUCGUGUGUGACAGUGAUCUGCAGCCGAUGAAGCUCGGAGGAGCGGUGGGGUCGGUCUCGAAGAAAGGUGCCCUGGUCACGUACCGGUGCCCGCAGCCCGAGUGCGCGGAUGUCUUUGACUCCAAGCACAAGCUGAAGAUACACCUGCUCUCGCACACCGACGACCAGCGGCCCUUCAAGUGCACGCUGGAGGGCUGCGGCUGGUCCUUCACGACCUCCUACAAACUCAAGCGCCACCUUCAGUCGCACGACAAAGUGCGGCCGUUUACUUGCGAGUGGGAGAACUGCGGGCGGAAGUUCACCACGGUGUACAACCUGAAGGCGCACGUCAAAGCGCACGACCAGGAGAACGCCUUCGUCUGCGAGAUCUGCAGCGAGCGCUUCCGCAGCGCCACCAAGCUCGCCAAUCACCAGCGCACGCACUUCGAGCCCGAACGGCCCCACAAGUGCGAAUUCCCCGGCUGUGAGAAGACCUUCAUCACCUUCAGCGCCCUGUUCUCCCACAACCGAACGCACUUCCGGGAGAUUGGCCAGUUCACCUGCACCUACCCGGGCUGCGACAAGCGCUACGACAAGGCCUGCCGCCUCAAAAUCCACCUGCGCAGUCACACAGGCGAGAGGCCGUUUGUGUGCGACUCCGAGGGCUGUGGGUGGUCCUUCACCAGCAUGUCAAAGCUGCUUCGACACAAGAGGAAGCACGAUGAUGACCGGCGGUUCACCUGUCCGGAGGAGGGAUGCGGCAAGUCGUUCACGCGGGCGGAACACCUGAAGGGCCACAGCAUCACACAUCUGGGCACCAAGCCGUUCGAGUGUCACGUUGAGGGGUGCAGCGCUAAGUUCUCCGCGCGCAGCAGCCUGUACAUCCACUCUAAGAAGCACCUGCAGGACGCGAGUGGCCUGCGUAGCCGCUGCCCAGUGGCCUCCUGCAGCAAGCACUUCUCCUCCCGGAGCAGCCUGAAGAACCACAUGCUGAAGCACCACAAUCUGAGUGCAGAUGUCCUGAGCCAGCUGGAGAUGAGCACAUCUCUCACCCCGAGCAGCGAGCUGACGAGCGCGGGUCAGACGGGCGGGGCAGCGGGCGGCGGCGGGGACCUGGGCAACAUUGACCUCAGCUCGCUCUUCUCCAACGUGCCAGCGGGGGGCGCCGGCGCGCCCGGGGUGCCACCAGCACGAGGAGCGGCCGGCCUGACCAUGGACAUGUCCCUGGUGAACUCGGGCAUCCUGACCAUCGACGCAGCCUCAGUGGGGGCCACUCUGGCGGGGCCCGGGGGAGCCUUGGCCCGGGCGGUGGACCCCCUAAUCCUGGCGGCUGGGGCAGACAUGAGCGCCCACGGGCUGGAGGGGGCCCUGGGGGCCGCGGGGCCCGCGGGGGUGCUCCCCCAGGGGACCCUGAACCUGGACGACGUGCAGACGGUGAACGCCGAGGCGUUGGGGUCGCUGGCCGCCCUGUCGAUGCGGGGCCCCGCCCCCGCCGAGCAGCUCCACGCCCUCAGCUCCUCCAGCGCGCUGGUGGCCGACGCCCCCGCCUCCCUCGCCCCCUCCAGCAGCCUGGCCGGGGCCCCCGUGCCCGAGCUCCUGGCGUCCCCGCCCAAGCCGGACCGCGGUGGGGCGCUGCUGGGGGGUCCCGACGUGCUGGGGCAGCAGGAGGGCAGCAAGGUGGUGACGCAGUUCGUGUUCCCCGCCCACGCCGGCGGCUUCAGCGCCCAGAAGGACACCGAGCUCAACGCCGUGUCCGCCUGCUCCUUCCUGGAGAGCGGGGGCUCGGCGCGGACAGACUACAGGGCGAUCCAGCUGGCCAAGAGGAAGAAGCAGAAGGGCCCAGGUUGCAGUCCAGGUGGCCCCAGUCUGGGCGCGAGGAAGAAGGGUGUGAAGGGCGGUGGUGCUGCGGCUCCAGCGGCAGCUGCGAGCAGCCGUUUCGGGGAGGGCGUGGCGUCGGCCAACGGGGGCCUUACCAUCCGGGACCCGGUUACAGGAGCGCAGUAUGUGCAGAUACAGCUCUUGCAGGACGACCCAGCAGGCGACGGAGACCUGGCCUUCCAGCUGAGCUCUCAGCCCUCCAGCUCCCACUCUCAGCUCACGGUCGACCUGCCCGUCAACAUCUUGCAGGAACCUGCCGCCACGACGGAGGACGACGCUGGGUCAGACAACUCCCAGUUCACAGGAAGCACCAUCAACCUGCAGGACCUGGAGUGAGCUGUGUGCCCUGGAGACACGCGGAGAGAAGGAACAGCUGGUGUUCGGGGGCUCGUGGACGGGGGGGGGACAGGAAGCAGGAUUCAGGGAUGUGUAGAGGCGGAACAAGAAGUGGGGUACAGAGCGCGCCAUUUGGGGCUCCGCUGUGGCCGGAGCUCCAGGGAGAGGGGCUGGCAUGCCCUCAGCUUGGACUUCAGGUUUAAUGAUUUUUUUUUUUUUAUUAUUAUUAUUUUCCAACAGAAGAUUGUUUCUAAAAGCUUGCCCUUUUGAUAAGGCCUGUGUUUCUAAACGUUUCUAUUCUGAGUGUGGCUUAACUGGAAGUAAGCGAUGGUGCACCGUGGGAUGGGAUGUGAAUUUGGUAAAGAGAGGUUUUUAGAUUUUAAAAAUACGUGUGUGCGGUGAGAAUCCAUUAAGCAGGUGCUUUUUUUACGUUGAGAAAUGAAAUGCUUUCCAGGAUCAUGUCUUGUGAGAGGAAGCACUUGGGCUGGAGCAGGACUGUGGUCAGUGCAUGUGUUCGUCUGACUCUGUACUCCGGAGAGGCCAAUGAGUGUCCUCGGCUUUUCACUUAAUGGCCGAUCACACACAUACUGCCUGAGUUGUCUUUUUUUUGCC